UGAUUGGCUGGCUGGCGCACCGGGGCGUGGAGCGCGACGUCUGGUUUUGGGCGGGAAUUGAAACCGCCACAGCUGCUCUCCAGCUCCAGCACACUGCUACUCUAAGGGAGGGCACCAUGGUGCGCCCUACCAGAAAUAAAAAACCAGUCAAUUAUUCACAGUUCGAGGAUUCUGGCAAUGACUCUGAUGAUGAUUUUGUUUCUUCACCUAUACCUGUAAACAAGUCAAAAACCGUGCCAAAGGUAUCAAAACAAGACAAACCAAAACCUAACUUGAAGAAUCUUCAAAAAGAAGAGGUCUUACCAACAGAACCCCCUAAAAAAAGGGUGGCUUUAGAUGACAAGGUCUUCCAGAGAGGUCUAGAAGUUGCCCUGGCUUUGUCUGUGAAGGAGCUUCCAGCACUCACCAGCCAAAUGACGAAGUCUGAAGAAAAAAGCACUGACAAAGAAGGCAAAAGGAAAACAGAAAAAACCGAUAAACCUCCUCGUGUCUCUAACUGCAGUGUGGCCAGUGAUGAUGUAGAUCUGGACAAGAUCACAGAGGAGGAGGAUGCCAAGAGCGUUGAAGGAGAGAGAAAAGUGACAUCUCCAGCCAAGGCUCCAAGGAGGAGGGUCCUUUCAGAAGGCAGUGGUAACAGCAGUGCUAAUGACACUGAGCCAGAGAGUGCGACUGGUGAAGAUUCAGAAAGUGAUCCUGAUUUUGAUGAAAGUGAAGAAAGUGAUGAAGACUUUGGUGUGAGGAAAGGUAAAGAAACAAAGAAGAAAACAGUGCAGAAGAAACCCAGAGCAGAAACGAAGGAAAGGAAAUCAAAACCCAAAUGUGAGGCAUCAGUGACUUCAGUAGACCCAGCUCCAGCUGCCAUCAAGUCAGGAUCUCCGUCCUUACCCCAGGCAGUUGGUCUUCCUUCUGAGGCCAAUAGGAAACCAGCAAAACUGUGCAGCCCUUCAGCUGAAAGCAAGAGGCCCAAGUGGGUCCCUCCAGCUGCCUCUGGGAGCAGAAACUCUAGCAGCAGUGCAUUGGCAGGAACACCAGCCAAGUCCCCGAGUCAGAGCCUGCGUCUGGGCCUUUCCCGAUUGGCACCAGUUAAACAUUUGCAUCCAAGUGCCACAAGCAGCCAAGUACGGUAGCAGGAAAGGACUGCCAGGACCCUUGGGACUGCAAAGUGGGUUGUCAUAUUCAGCUUCCACGUAAAAGAACCUUUAAUGAGUCACAUGAAGGGUCUCUGUGUGAUUCUGGUCUCAUGAAAGCCUUUCUGUCCUUCAGCAAAGGGUUCUGAGGCCUCUACUUGUGCCACUCCUGAAAAGUGUGUUGUGGUUUUUUUUUAUAUUUCAUAAGUCACUGUCACUCAGGCUCUGUGGCACAUCUGUAAUCACGUGUCUCCAGCUCUGUCUGGCAAGGGGGCAUCCUGGGCUCCUUCAGGAGGCAUUUCUGAAAUCUUUCCCAUACUACAUUUCUUUAGGUUUAUUAAAAGGUUGCUCUCUUUAUCCAGGUCUUUUUAGUAAGAAUUGUGCUUUUCUACAUAUUAAAAUGUUGACUGUCCUGCAGCAUGUGUCCCUACAUGAAGACAGAUGGUUAGUGUACAGCAGAUAGAAUUUCAUAACACAGUAUGAACUUUUCAUUCUCAAAACCUUUAAUAAACAUGAAAAGAUUUAAAAUGUGUUCGUUGAUACUAUGUAUCUACCUGUAUGUCUACAUUUUGCUAAAAUGAGCCUUUUGUGGUCAACAUAAGCAAGGGGAAGCAGUGUCUUCAUCACUUAAGAUGAAGCCCAAGAUUGGAAGACUGUCACCUCAGCACCCCAGUCAUUAGCUAAUGCAGCUUCUCAAGAAGCUUAGAUUUAUUGUCAAUAAAAGUAAUUAUUUUUAUGGUGAGAAUAUCAACUUGUUUCUGAUCACUUUUUAAUAAAAAAUGUAAUGUUUACU